UGCGCGCUAGCGCCACCCUCUAGCCCUCACCGCCGCAGGGAGAGGCGCAGCACCGCCAUCAAACUCCCACAGCUCAGGCGGGCGCGCGCACGCCGCCGUCUACGUCGUGGCGAGCGAGGCCACACCGCUUCGUCCAAGGGGCGGGGCUGUCAGUCAAAGUGCACAAGCUGCUGAGACCAUAAGCGGAAAGUUUAUGAGUGCGAGGUCGUCCCUGUCGUACACAAAUGAAGAGAGACUUCUACUGGAGGGAAUGGCCGCCUCCUCAUCUUCGUCUUCAGCUGGUGGGGUCAGUGGAAGCUCUGUCACUGGAUCUGGUUUCAGUGUGUCCGACCUUGCCCCACCUCGGAAAGCUCUGUUCACCUACCCAAAAGGAGCUGGAGAGAUGUUAGAAGAUGGCUCCGAGCGAUUCCUCUGUGAGUCGGUGUUUAGCUAUCAAGUGGCGUCCACACUUAAACAGGUGAAGCAUGAUCAGCAAGUCGCUCGGAUGGAAAAACUGGCUGGUCUGGUGGAAGAGCUGGAGGCCGACGAGUGGCGGUUUAAACCCAUCGAGCAGCUGCUGGGGUUCACACCCUCCUCUGGCUGAUGUUGCCUGCACGACCACCCUUAGUGCACAGCCACCCAGGGAGUCACAGCUGUCCUGUGAGCUGCAUGUUUGAAUCCACACCCACACUUGGUUUCUCGGAUUCUGUUAAUAGGCAACGAGUGCUCACGUGAGAUGUUGGCGAGAUGUUUUUCACAUUCAUAUUCUUUAAAGCAUUGGGCGGCAUUUGGAAAGCAGAGGCAGGAGGAUCUCUGCGAGUUUGAGGCUAGCCUGGUCUACAUAGAGUUCCAGGACAGCCAGGGCUAUGAGACCCUGUCUCAAAAAAAUAAAAAUAAAAAGAAGUAUUGGGGAUCAGAUGAAGACAGUCCUUUCAGAGAACCAGGAGCUUGGGAUCUAGGAAAAAUUGAUUCUCACAAGCCAAGUGGACACAUGCCAGAGUCAGCCAACUGGAUGGCGGAUGUCCUGUCAUUCAGAAGCUGUCUGGAAGCUUUCACCAGCCAAGCCCAAGGUCAGCAUCUGUCGUUUCACGGUCGCAGCCCAAACAUUUCUCUUCACACAUGAAUGUGAUUUCAGCUCAGGGUCCGUCCAGAUGGGAACUGUAAAGUGUCCUUUUCCUCUCUAUUCUUAGACAUUUAAUAUUACAGAUUAUUUCUCUCACCUCUUACGACAUGCCAAAUGGUGCUACCCCACCUCAUCUCUGCCCCCCAAAAUUGCUUUUUGAAUGUUGCAGCACUUGAAAAUAUGAAGUGACCUAAAUCCUUUUGAACCCCGAAGCCUUAGUCCGGCUUACUGGGUAUGAAAGCAGUUCUGUGGCAAAUAAACCCUUACACGAGGUCCAGAUGGCUGUGCGCAUCCUUUCCGGCCUGGGGGACCUAGACAGAGAGAGGAGGUCAGGCCCGCUUUUCCUUAGACUUGAAAGACACUUAAGUAAGCCGUAGGUUUGCUUUGCUGUGGGCUGUUUGCUUGUAUAGAAGUUCCAACUUCCUGCAACCUCAGUGAGUGUGGCGGUGGGCUGUUUGUUGGUUAGUUCAUUUGUUUGGAACCUUGUCUCUCAGUAGCUAGGCUGGCCUUAACGCAUAGCCAUCCUCCUGCCUCAGCCUACUAAGUGUGAGGAUUACCCUUCUUUCUUCACUAGGUUUUUACACGAAGAUAGAGAAAAACCUGGAUGACCAAGCCCUCGUCAUGGGACCCACACUGCACAAUUAGGAGGCUUAUGUACUUUUACAUACAAAUUUACCCUAGCCAGCAUUUAGCUUUCUGCUCAUUAAUUAAUAACUUACAUCUGAUCUGCUUAGAGUUGCUUAAUUAUAAAUAAAUUUAAUCCUAGUAGCAAUUGGCCUUAAUCUCAGGAGUUGAAACUAUUUAACACACAGUCGCUGCCAGGGAGGAGCUGGCCUCAUUUACUGGGGAAAGUCUAGGCCAGUGAAGAGAAACUGCUGCUCAGGGCCACAUAGAUCAGGCAGAGGACAACCGUGUAAGUGGGAGUGGGGAAAAAUUGAUCCAUCAUGGAGCCCACUGUUCUGGUCUGAAGCAAGCCAGAGCUUGAGAAGUA